AGGGCAUCGCCCCCAACGCGAUCUCGCUGCUGGGCGUGAUGAACUCGUGCAGCCAUCUGGGCCUCGUGGACGAGGGCGUGAGGAUCUUCGCGUCGUUGCAAUGGGACCUCGCGAUCGCGCCGAUGAAGGAGCACUACUGCUGCGUGAUCGAUCUUCUCGGGAGGUCCGGGGAUGUGGAGGCCGCGGGGGAGCUGAGCGGUGCCAUGCCCAGCGGUGGCGACGUGGUGGCGUGGAUCACGGUGCUGGCUUCGCGCAGCGUCCAGCGCGGUGACCACGAGAGGAUCGAAUGCGCCGCGCUCAUGGAACGAGCAAGGAGUUUAAAUGGUUUAAGCAGGAAGUAGGGUGUUUUAUAGCAUGACAAAGAGAGGUUUUAGCGAGGAAGAAGAGGAAGAACGUCUCAAGCUCCCCAAGCUGGCUAUGGAUGUUCCGGGCAUCCAGCGCUACUUGGUGGGCAUUGAGUACAUUGGCACUCGCUUCUCCGGAUGGCAAAGGCAAGAAGGAGUCCGCACGGUGCAGGGAACGCUCGAGGAUGCGUUUUCUAGCUUCAUGGGUCAAUCGGUGUCGACCACUGGUUCCAGCAGAACUGAUGCUGGAGUUCAUGCUCUUCGGAAUGUCUUCCAUGUUGAUCUUGCUCGAACCAGCAAAAGAAAGCCUGGUGAAUUGCUGGCUCCUCAUCCUCCCGACGUGAUUGUUCGGGCCGUGAACCAUUUCUUACAGAGGGAGUCAGCUGAUGUUCAGGUGGUGGAUGCUAGAUUUGUGCCUCCGGACUUUCACGCUCGAUUCCGCGCGAAAGAACGCACGUACUACUAUCGGAUCCUCGCCGGAAGCUGUCGGGCUUCUCUGUUCGAAAGAGACCGUGCCUGGCAUGUCGAGGAACCUUUGAACCUCAUAGCAAUGCAGAGUGCCUGUCAAGUUCUUUUGGGAACGCACGAUUUUAGUUCCUUCAGAGCGUCUGGUUGCCAAGCAGCGUCUCCGGUCAAAACUUUGGAGGAGCUCUCAAUCCGCGAGACGGUCAGCUGGCCGCAUCUUCUAACUGGAUGCUCCUCAAACGCUCAAAGCUCCAAUCCAGAUCUGAAGUCAUACGUGGUGACAGCUCGAGCACAGUCGUUUCUAUACCACCAGGUGCGAUUGAUGGUAGGCACUCUCAAAGGUGUUGGAGCUGGAAAACGCACCGCUGAGGAUGUUCGUAAGAUUCUGGAAGGACGUUCAAUCUCGCUUGCACUUCCUAUGGCUCCAGCGUCGGGCCUCUUCCUUGCCGAUGUGAAGUAUGACAUGGAGGACACGGCGGGUCUGAGGACUCUCAGCGGCUGCGGUUCUCCCACAGUUUCAUGAUGAGAUUCUCGUUCGAGACGAAGUGGGAAGGCAUGAGUUGUAGCAUCCAUCCGCCAUUUUGCGAACCUUUGCACCAUGAGUUCAUCAUCUUUCAAAUCGAGCUUUUUAGAAAAGAAAGCGUAUUGACUGAGCUGGUGUUACUGGUGAGCGUGGGAAUCUGCGGCCGUAAUGGACGAGAGGAGUACAGAGAAGCAAGAAAACAAAACAAAACGGGAGCGGCCCAUGUCCGCAAAGAAACAGAUAGUUUGGAAGCACAGGGAUUACAUGGA